AUGGAUUUGCUGUUCUUUAAACUCUCUGUACGCACAUUGGCGAUGUUCUGUUAUAGGCGAGUCCAGCUUUGCAUGGGUGGAGGCUCAUCCUCAUUACGGACGAAGAGCCGAUCGCAUGGCGAUUUGGAUCGUCUCAAACCAACAGCUGAACAGAGAACACCAAAAACGAGAAGCCGACUUGCCUCGCUUGCUCAGUCAUCGUCCAAACAUUUGUCGAAGUUAUCUUUCAAGCGUAAAAAUGGGAGUCGCGAGAAGGUGAAGUCGUUUCGUGAUCUAAUCUCGUCUUGGCCGAUACAUGACAUUGAAACUUUGUACAGGGAGCUGGAGACGUCAAGAAUUCUCUCAUUAUUGCAAAAUGCGGCUGACUACGCUCGCCCUCAGGUGAUAUGUUUGGAAGAGCAGUUGUACUCUAGUGACACUAAAGACAUCGUCUUGUUCGUUGAGAACGUCGCAUAUCCCAUUCAUCGUCGUGUGGCCACUGCGAGAUGUGAUUUGAUACAGGAACUAUUGAGCGGUCAAGAUCUGCUUGAGCUACAUCUGAUACCGCCCAGUGGUAGACAUCUUACCGAGCAGGAGUUGAAGAUGUUCAUUCGCUUCUUAUACACUGGAACAUGGAGUGGUAGUACAGAAGCUCUGCAGUUCCUUCGCGAUUGGUUGAAAUGCUAUAGAGAGCUUAGCACAGAUUUACGUAAUGCGGAAAAGCUGGCCCUGAAGGACGGCGAUCUCAAGAUCAUUCUUGCUUCUUCUAACUCUGGGGAAGAAAAUGCUGUGAAAGCUCGCAUACCGGACUACUGCAUACGUUGCGAUUCCUCAGUAAUUGCAUGUAGAAGUGCUGUUUUUCGAGGACUUCUCAAGCAUGUGGGAGAAGCGAACAGUAUUGUAUUAGACGAGGCAUUGCUGCCUCGAGGUUUUGCUGCUGUUAUCGUCCACUUCAUUUACACAGACGAGCUUGACUUAUCACUGGUGCCCGAGUCUACAAAUUCACAGUCUUCGCUGUCAGAGGCGCGAGCUAUUGUUGCUGGACGAGCUUUACAUUCUCCAUUACAUCAUGCUAUACAGCUUAUACAAAUUGCCAAAUUCUUCACAUUAGAGAAGCUUGUACAACUCUGCGAAGAUGUUAUCGUUUCAUCGCUUUGCAAUGAAAGUUGCGUAUCAAUCCUUAGCUGGGCCGUCGAUGGAGGGUCACAGUAUGUUGCUCAACGGGCCCAGAGCUUUUUGGAAUCGGAGUUCGCUCAGAUUGCCUCGACGCAUUGUUUAUUCGAUAUUUCGCGAGACAGUCUCAAGACAUGUGUGCAAAGUCAAUUUAUCCAGGCUACGGAAGUUGAGCUUCUUGAGGCCGUCAUGCGGUGGGGUGAACAUGAAUUGCUACGGCGCAUGGAGGAACGUGAACCAAAUGUUGUGGCUGAUACAUCGCAUUCCAUCAGCAGACGAGGUGUGAAACGGGCUGACUUGAGUGGGACGGAACUUCGGGAAAUUCUUGCACCACUUACUGAAAAUUUACGCAUUGACUACAUCUUGCCGCCGUUUCAUCAAAGUCUAAAUGCCGCCUAUGCUCGUGGAAUAUUGGAGCGCGCUCCACUACGCGCAGAUUUAGUGUGCCCGUCCACUAGCGAGAUCAUACCCGACAUUCACUGGUUCAGACCAGAUCCGUGUGCACCUGGUCCUCGCUAUUACAUACCGUAUUACAAGGCGACGAAAUCAUAUUUGAAUGAUGCUCGCGAACGAGACGGCAUUGCUUGCUUCCCGCAUCCUCUCUAUGCCGUUGACCCUUUGUUCAGCGUCUCGAUUACCAAUGCAAUGCCAGAUCUUCUCUCCGAGGAGAAAUUUAACGAGAUUCGCUCCGAAAUUUUUUCUGCAAUUGAAAGCGCCGAUAGCCAGUACCAUAUCCGCUUCUUCCCAAGAGUGUUUCAUCGUCGCAUGGCUGUUCAUCUGAUCGCCCUUCGUGUGCUUCGAAUUAUGCAGGUGGACACAAGUUGUGUGGAAGUCACUUUGAGUGGUGAUUUGAAGGACAAAACGGUUCCUGUUGAAAUGGACACCAACAUCAGUCUGCUGUGUCGAAGUCAGCCAAGCCUUCAUUGGCCCGAUAUCAUGACUUUGGAAAGAAAAAGUUCUUGAGAACAAAAGGUAUAACUGUACCCCUUCUUUGUUGUGGUUGGGAUUGUUGUUUUGCAUAUGAUGUAGAUAUUCUAAUCACAUUGUAUAUUAUAUUAACCCUUAGUUUCUUUUGUUCAACCCCAGCAAGUACAAAACAUGUUCUUUCAUUGAUCUUUGAACGGAGGUUGUGCUUGCAUUUGUAAAGUAUAGUACUCUCUUGAACAAGCGCUUUCGUAUAUCACCUGCUCAUCAUCUAGGCCUUACGUGUGGGCUGGUUUUCUAAAUUGUUUUGCAUUGUUUUUGAUAGUUGAAAUUCUAACAAUCUGUCGUAAGGUUCACAGAUGUUUGUUGCAUCCACUGCUUUUGGUGGAAUAUCUUUCCUUGUCAUACUCUUCUGUGGUAGAUUUCACGGGUAGUUAAUUGUGUCAGUUACAAUAACGAUAAUUUAUAGUAAUUGAUCUUGACAUGCUUCAACUUACCAAACGUGUAAUUAUCUCCGUAGGCUAACUUGAUGAUGUUCUGACUUUUGAAUCUCUUUCUUAGCGAAUGACGCAUUUUCCGAUAUCUGCUUUGAUAUAGUUAGUAAAUAUGUCCCUACUGUUUUGCGC